AUGGCUUCUGCCGAUGGGAAGAACGUUGAUUCCGAUGAUCCCCUCGAACCAUCCUCGCCUCCACCUCAUAUGCAUUCUGUCGCUUUCUCCGGAAUGCCUAUGCAUAUGUACCCUUUCCCACCCAGUCUUCUGCCGUCCUCUCAGGGUCUUCGCUCUAAACGCCGCCAAGUCAAGAAUGCGUGCACAAACUGCCAGAAGGCAUGCAAGAAGUGCGACGACGCUCGGCCUUGCCUUCGCUGCGUAAAAUAUGGCGUAUCUGAAGAAUGCGUUGAUUCGCAGAGGAAAGAAAGGAAGAAAGGGAUUAAGAGGGGUCCCUACAAGAAGCGCGAUGGAAAAGGCAACAGCAUUGACCAAGCUGACAUCCCCCAACAGGGUAUGCCUGUCUCAAACAUGGUCCCAACCCCAGGUGGUUCAGCUAUCAUGGCUCCAUAUCUGCCUAUUGGAUAUCCACCUGCCUUUUAUGGUCAGUAUCAUCCAACUCAGAAGCAUGGGGAUGGGCAAGCCAUGUAUUCCAGCCCUCAAUACUUUCUGGCUCCUGUACCCCAUGUCCAACAUCAGGCACCUGGUCUUCAAGAUGGGGAUAAUCAUGGAUAUCAAACACAGGGGUUCUAUCAGGCUACAGUCUUUGCUCCAGUGGCCUACCCCCACUAUGUCAUGCCCAGAUCUGAUGGGCAAGUACAUGUUCAGAAUCAGUAUGCUGUCUUUGGUGCUCCAGUAUUCUCCAAGACAUCUCUAAUCAGUGGAUCAGACUUUGACUACUAUUGUCACUAUCUUUGUAUGCCUAAUCUUGCUUAUACAUGCCUUUUGACUCAGAGUACAGCUCUUUAA